AUGCUUGUGCCGAAUGGAUCCACAGUGCUGCCUGCAUCCGUGCACCACCAGUUGGCGACUGCACCUGAUCUUAAAAAGUUGAGCAAAGCGGAACGACGGAAACGACGCCGUGCAACACCGAAAUACCGCAAUCUUCAUGCCAGCCGAGAACGCAUUCGCGUGGAAUCAUUCAACAAUGCAUUCGCGAAGCUUCGUGCUCUGUUGCCCACACUACCGGUCAACAAGAAGCUCUCAAAGAUCGAGAUUUUACGCCUCUCAAUCUCCUACAUUUCAUAUUUGGAAAAUUUGCUAAGAUUUUAA